AUGCACGUCGAGUUUGCCGUGCCCUCCCCAUCCGACAGCUCGACCGACUACUACCAGCUGGACAUGGCCAGCGGCCCGCCGCCCUCAUGCGCCGCGGGCAACGACCAGCAGCCGCUGCAGACGGGGGCAUCUUCGCACGCCCAUCGGAGUGCGCGUCGGAACAACACGUUCAAUGGCGCGUCGAACGAAGAAGAGCAGCGCAACAUCAUCUCGCUGCGGUAUCGGGCCGAUAGUAUGGCUGACUCGGUAGCGUCUGAUACGAAAUCGAACGCUGAAGCCAAGCUGUGGAACCUCUUUGAGCAAGUGUUUUGCUUCCUCAAGGGCAUGACCAUCUACCAGACGCGACGACGUCUCAAGUUUACGAUCGUGUCGCAGACCGUCAUCAACUCGCUGCGUAUUUUUCCCAUUAUUUUGGGGCUCAGUUUUCAAGCCACGGUCCCCGUGCUCAUCCUGUACAUCACGCUCGUGCUGGGCUGGCACGGCACGAAGUUCCUCGUGCCCAAGUUUUUGCUCAGCUACAAGGUUGGCAUGCAGCUCACGCUGCUUGUGGAUGUCAUAUGGUACUUUAAGGGCUACAACGGCAGGCUCAAUAGUGUCAGCAGUGGUACUUCUGUGCUCAUGCAGGGGUUCUUCUCCAUUCUGCUUACGAUGCUUAAUAUCAUGGGCUUCUUGUAUGGCUGGAAGCUACGGCGGAUUGUCAAGGCGGUGCAGAACCAGCGGGAAUGUGACCGCGCAGCUCUCGCUACGAUGAUGCCGUCCCCGCAACAAACCACUUCGGUGCACCGGACGCUGUCUAUUAACCAAUCGGCUGGGGAGUUGGACAAGGACGCAGGACCGACAAUGCGUCGGAAGUUUAUUGUGGGACCGGGUGUUGCGAAGAAGAGGCUACGACGCAAUCAGGCGGGUACCUCGUCGACGCUGCCUGGUGUUUUGAGAACCAAUACGCAGCAGAGAAAGGAGGCGGAGGCCCAAGAAGAAGCACCUGUCUUUUGCUCAAACGUCAUUGUUACGAGCAAGUACACGUACUACAACUUCCUGUUCGUUUUCCUCAAGAUGCAGUUCAGCCGACUGGCGAAUCUGUACACAACUAUCGUGGUGGCGUUGUGUUUCUUCGACUUUUCCCCAGUGAGCCCCGUGGCUAGUUUGACGCCACUGUUGAUCGUAUUCGCGACGUCUGCACUCAAGGACGUGAGCGAGGACCUUCGUCGCCAGAAAGGGGAUGCUACAGUUAAUUCACGAUUGGCGCAUAUCGUUCGUCGCGAUGUGGCAGAUGAGGUGAUCCAUAUGGAUGGCACUUGGCAAGAUAUUGAGGUUGGUGACAUUUUGGUAAUAAAAGACGGCGACCAGGUCCCUGCAGACUGUAUCCUGUUGGCGACAAGUCGGCCUGAUGGCCGGUGUUAUGUGGAAACGGCCAACUUGGAUGGUGAAACCAACUUGAAGAUUCGCCAGGUGGCUAGCUGCACAAAGCACUUUUGUAGCGUUGAAGAGAUUUUGGAGCACCACAAACUUGAGGUGGAAUGUGAUAUGCCCAACAAGGAUUUGUUUUACUUUGACGGUGUGCUGAAGCUCGAAAAAAUUGCGCGCGGGACUGUCGCGGACUUGAAGGAGGACUUAGAAACCAGUUUGACGAUGGGCAACUUGAUUUUACGUGGCAGUGAAAGCCGCAACGCUGAGUGGACGCUUGGACUUGUGAUUUACACGGGCAAAGAGACGAAGGUCCAGAUGAAUUCGGUUGCUGUGCCCCUAAAGCGUAGUUUCGUGGAGAAGACCUUGGACACAAUGUUCGUGCUGGUUCUGAUGCUACUUUUCGGAAUAUCGAUUGCGUGUACGCUAGGAAAUAAUAACUGGAAUCUGGACCUGGCCGACGAUUCGACACCGUGGUACAUCCAGGAGGAAACAAAUGGCUACAUCUUUUUGAGCUACGUGAUCCUGUUUAACAAUUUGAUUCCGCUGUCUAUGUACGUGACGAUGGAAGGUGUGCGUUUUGUUCACGCACGGUACAUCGAAAAUGACGUGGAAAUGUACGACAUCAAGACCGAUACACCAGCUCAGGUUCGCAACAGCAAUAUUAACGAAGAUCUUGGACAGAUCCAGUACAUUUUCUCCGACAAAACGGGUACGCUUACUUGCAACGAAAUGAUUUUUGCGAAGUGUACCAUUGCUGGAUUGCGCUACAAUGACGCUGAGUUUGACCCUACAAAACAAGCAAGACCUGGCACUAAGUUUGACGACGGCCGAUUGCUGGCGCGUUUGGGGUCGAACCAUUCUACUAAGCAGGAAAUCCACGAUUUUCUUUUAUUGCUGACAAUUUGUAACACGGUGAUUCCAGAGUCGAAUGUUCCAACGUCACCUACGUCUGACGGCGAUUCGUGCUCGGCCCAGACUCCAAGGAUAAAAUACAACGCGUCUUCUCCGGAUGAAGAGGCGCUCGUGCUGGCUGCUGCAGACCUCGGUUACGUACUUACUUCACGUGACGGUCCAAUGUGCCAUGCUGUCAUCCGGGGCACACCGAUGUCCUUCGAAAUUCUGAAUGUGCUGGAGUUCAACAGCGAUCGAAAACGCAUGUCGGUAAUUGUGCGGUUUCCUGAUGGAAGCAUCGUGCUUUACUGCAAGGGUGCUGAUGAUAUAAUAUUUGAUCUGCUGUCGAAGUCGCAGCCACAAGGUGUUGCGCACGUGACGCGUGGUCAUCUCCAAGAGUAUGCAUCGGAAGGUCUUCGGACGCUGACGACCGCUGUGCGGCGCCUUACGCACGAGGAAUAUGAACACUGGAAUCAGCUAUACCGCCAGGCAGAAUUCUCGAUGGAGGGACGUGCUGGUAAGAUUGCCAAGGUCUCAGCUAUUAUUGAGGUUGAGCUGACGUUGCUCGGUGCGACGGCUAUCGAAGAUCGACUGCAGGACGGUGUGGAGGAGUCGAUCUGUGCACUGCGCAAAGCGGGCAUUAAGUUUUGGGUGCUCACAGGCGACAAAAAGGAAACUGCGCUGAGUAUUGGCAUGUCAUCCCAUGUGAUUGACGAUAACAUGGACGUUAUCGUACUGGGCCAGCGUGACAAGGGGUCUUUACGUGCGAGGUUGGAGGAGUUGUACGUAGAUCUUGUUGAGGACAAGUGGGGUUCUGACGAGACUUCGUCGGCCGUUAGUGUGCUUUGGGAAGCCUUAAAGCGAGCAAUUUUCUACUUGUGGGAUCUUGCGAAGCUGGCUCUACUAGGACGCAAUGAAGAAGGAGAGGCCCGAAAGAAGCGAAGACGGCUACCGCGCCGGGACCAGUCUGGUGCAAAUACGGCACCGGUCGGUAGUCCUUUCCAACACGAAGAUGUGUAUCCGGCACUUCCGAAACGUGACGUGUCUGAAAACAGCCUCGACCGAGAUUUGUGCGACCAUGACUUCGAGCCAAAAACAGACGCAGUUACCGGCGACACUGGAAGCAUGAGUAGCAGCAAUUAUGCGGAUGAGGAGCUGGAAUUUGCAAUGGUGAUUGACGGCAAAACGCUCGCGCUGGUGCUAGAUGAUGACAUCAAGUACCUUUUCUUGGCAGUAGCAACGCAAUGCAAAUCGGUGAUAUGCUGUCGCUGCUCACCCGCUCAAAAAGCAUCGGUCGUGAAGCUUGUUACGGAGCCUACUCUCAUGUUCUCUCCCGGCAAUAUCACGCUCGCUAUCGGCGAUGGUGCCAAUGAUGUACCGAUGAUUCAGGCCGCGAAUGUGGGUGUUGGUAUCAGUGGGAAAGAGGGUCGCCAAGCUGUGCUUUCCAGUGAUUACUCCAUCGCCGAGUUUCGAUAUUUGAAACGUCUCCUCUUGGUUCACGGCAACUACAGCUACAAGAGGAUUUCCAAGCUCAUUUUGUUCUCGUUCAUGAAGAACGUAGCACUGUCUUUGUCCAACUUCUUCUUGGCGAUGGAGACAAUGUACAGUGGUUUGCUAAUGUAUUUCAGCAUCUUUUUUACGCUGUACAAUGCGCUCUUUACGACGAUUCCAAUCGUGGUUAUCGCCAUGUAUAAUCAGGAUGUGUCUCCUGCCGUGCUGAUGCAGUACCCGACGUUGUACGUGAACGGUUUGAAAAACCGGUCGUUUAACUGGCUGUCCUUUUUCGGCUGGUGCGGCCUUGGCGCGUGGCAUGCUUACGUCGUGUAUGCGGUACCGUUCUUUGCGAAUGGCUCCGUCGUCUGGUACUUUUCGAGCGAAUCCUCUAAGAUCCAGUUUGACAGGCGUGAUUUAGGUCUCUGGGCGAACGGUGUCGCAUCGUACACGUACUUGAUCACAGCCUCAACGGUGCAAGUGUCGUUGAUGACUAGUAACUGGACACGGAUGAACGCCAUUUCAACCGUUGGCACUCUGGUGUUCUAUUACUUGUUCACCGCAUUCUUUUGUGCCGUGUUUGGAUGGACUUCGACCGAGUUUUACGACACAGAGGUUGGCUACGGUGUCGUAGGCCAACUUGUUCGCGAAUGGUGGUUUUGGCUUGGCCUCCUGCUUACUGUAGUGGUUGCUGUCUUACCGAAUUACAUUGCUAAGGCUGGACGGGUGUUGUUUUACCCAGAGCCAUCUCAUCUCAUGCGCGAGUGGAACCGCCUGGCUAAGGGCGAAGACGCUGCAAUCGUGGCGAACUCACCGAGACUGGUACGCCACAACACGGGCUUUGCUUUUUCGCACUGUCCCGGUGAGGCGGACAUGGCGCUGGCUGUUCACGGAGACAGCAGUACGAGAGACCAGUACCGAGCAGGGCUUUCGACGGAUCUUCCGGUGACUGGCGCGCGUGCGCUGUCGCUGUCCUCAUCCACAGCAGACGGUUCUUCGCCACGCUCCCCCAAAGCAUUGUACUAG